CCUGUCGGUGAGCCGCGGAGCCGCUCCAGUCUUUGUGCCGCCGCCAUCUUGAACAGAUCCGGAUAAGCAUCACCUCAACACAUUGAUUUCCAGCAGAAACACGCGAGCACAGAGCGGCGAUGGCCACUGCACCUUACAACUACUCCUACAUCUUCAAGUACAUCAUCAUUGGUGAUAUGGGUGUAGGAAAGUCCUGCCUGCUGCAUCAGUUCACAGAGAAGAAAUUCAUGGCGGACUGUCCGCACACCAUCGGCGUGGAGUUCGGCACCAGGAUCAUGGAGGUGAGUGGACAGAAGAUCAAGCUGCAGAUCUGGGAUACGGCGGGUCAGGAGCGCUUCAGAGCCGUCACGCGCAGCUACUAUAGAGGAGCCGCUGGAGCACUGAUGGUCUACGACAUCACCAGGAGAAGCACAUACAACCACCUCAGCAGCUGGCUGACGGACGCCAGAAACCUCACCAACCCCAACACUGUCAUCAUACUGAUAGGAAAUAAAGCCGAUCUGGAGGCUCAGCGGGACGUGACGUACGAGGAGGCCAAGCAGUUUGCGGAGGAGAACGGUCUGCUGUUCCUGGAGGCCAGCGCUAAAACUGGAGAGAACGUAGAGGACGCCUUCCUGGAAGCAGCCAAGAAGAUCUACCAGAACAUUCAGGACGGCAGUCUGGAUCUGAACGCAGCAGAAUCCGGCGUCCAGCACAAACCCUCAGCGCCGCAGGGAGGAAGACUGACGAGUGAAACACAGCCGCAGCGGGAGGGGUGUGGCUGCUAAUUAAUCAUCAUCAUCAUCAUCAUCAUCAUCAUCACGCGGCUCUUUACUCUCCGUGCUCUUAUUUCCCAUAAUCCUCUAACUCAUCCGCUGAACACCAAUCAGCCUAUUUUAUAUCCUAACAAUGAGACGUCACAUUCGGAAAUAAUAAACCAGACGUGCUGGAAAACGUGACCGUGUUGAACAUGUGAUCAUAUUGGCACCGCAAGAGUCACGUGAUUACGAAUGUGACAUGCGUUUCUGCUGGUGCUGAUUUGACCUGUCUGGCUCACUGAUUGGACGAUCGUCUAACGGAAAAUCCUCUUUAUGUCAGUUUUUUAACAGACGUCAAAUUUGUCGGUAAUAAACAAGACACAGGGUUGAACACAGCUAAUGCAGUGCCAAUAUUUAGCCAUGUUAUUGAGAAUGUCAAAUGUUUUAUAUCGAUAUCUUAAUUAGCAUAACAAUGAGAUGUGGCAUUCGUUGGAAAUAAGCAAGAUAUGCUUUGAAUAUAUGCCAUAAUAUUGGCACCGUAUAAGUUACGUUAUUACAAACGUCAAAUGCAUUUCUGCUGGGGUUGAUUUGAUGCCUGUCCACUGAAAAAGCCUCUUUACGUCAAUAUUCGGUCACAUUUGGCGGUAAUAAACGAGACCUGUUGGAAAACGUGACAUGGCAUUGAAUACGUCCUAAUAUUGGCACCACAUGAGUUACAUUAUUGACAAUGUCAAAUGUGUUUUGAUUUGAUGUGUUAAACACUCAUCAGCCUCUAUUUAUAUUGAUAUCUUCAUUAGUGUAACAACGAGGGGUAACAUUGAUCGGUAAUAAACAAGACACGGUAUUGAAUACGUCAUAAUAUUGGCACUAUAUGAGUUAAAUCUUUAUGAAUGUUGAUGUUGAUUUGACAUGUUUAGGUGACUGAUUGGACACCUGACUAACGAAAAAGCUUCUUUUUAUGUCAAUAUUUUUUAUAACAAUAAUCGUCACAUUUGUCGGUAAUAAACAAGACAUGUCAUUGAAUAUGUCAUAAUAUUGGCACUGUAUGGGUUACAUUAUUGAGAACACCAAAUGCAUUUUGAAUUGACCAGUUGAAAACCCAUCAGCCUCCAUUUAAAUGGAUAUCUUAAUUAGCAUAACGAGACGUCACAUUAAUCGGAAAGGAGACUAGUUGGAAAACGUGACCAGGCAUUGAAUAUGGCUUAAUAUUGGCAUCACAUGAGUUACAUUAUUGAGAGCGUCAAAUGCAUUUUAAUUUGAUGAGUUGAACACUCAUCAGCCUCUUUUUAUACUGAUAAGACAUCAGAUUCGUGGGAAAUAAACAAGACAUGGCAUUGAAUAUGUCAUAAUAUUGGCACUGUAUGAGUUACGUUAUCGAGAAUAUCAAAUGCAUUUCUGCUGGUGUUGAUUUGACAAGUUUGAGUCACUAAUGGGAUGCCCGGCCAACAAAAAAUAAUGUUUCUAUUUUCUUGAUAAUAAGACGUCACAUUUGUUGGUAACAAACGAGACGUGUUAGAUAACGUGACAGCAUUUUAUAUAUAUAUA